CUCUAGGAAGCAAGAAAGCUACAUGAGUCAAGAAGGGAAAUUCCUGUUUCAAUUGCUGGUCUAUAAAAUGAUCCUGGUACACUCUUCAGGUCCAGCCUUUCCACUGCUCUCUGCACAGAGCAUCAAAGCCACACAGCAGCAGCAACAGCAGCAGCAGCAGCAGCAGCAGCAGCAGUCGCCACCACCGAGAUGAACAUGAAGGGCAUGGCCAUAGCCUUGGCUGUGAUCAUCUGUGCUACAACCAUUCAAGGCUUCAGUGUGUUCAAAAGGGGGCGCUGUCUUUGCAUAGGACCCUUAGCGAAAGCAGUUAAGAUGGCAGACAUUGAGACAGUCUCCAUACUUCACAGGAGCUACAGCUGUGACAAAGUUGAAGUGAUUGUUACCCUGAAAGCACAAAAAAGACAAAGGUGCCUGGACCCCAAUUCAAAGCAAGGCCGCCUCAUACAGGCAAUAGCUGAAAAGAAAUCUUUAAGGCAGGGAAACAUGUGAAGUCCUGGGAAGAAAAAUAAAAAAGGACCGGAAACCAGGGAGUGUCUACUACACAUGAACUCUGAGACAGGAGCUCCACCUUCUGUCUUGGAAUAUGCACCCAUAUGUUACCAGGUUACAGAAUCUCUAGGCAGUUUGAUAUGCCUAACUAUUCUGCUUGGCCAUGAAAAUAUUUACCUCAAAGUCACGUGUCUGUAUGUGUGCUCAUUCCACAUUGCCCUCUGCGGUUACAAUGGACGCACUGUUACUGGAGCCCAGCCCAGUACUGGGCUCAAAAGUGUCUCAGUGUGUAGUAAAAUAUUCCCUGAAGGAUUUUUCACACAGGUAAGCAUUCCCCACAUAGCCUGAGGCACAGAAACAUCUAGGAAAAGUUUCCAUAUAUCACCUUAUUUGUUCACUUCAAGACUACCAUUCAUGAAGACACACUGCAGACACUUCUGGGCUGUGGGGACUGGAAAGAACACUAAUGCAUCCUUUGUCAGUUAUACUGGUUCACCCCCAGGGGUUCUAGAGGAGUCAAGAUGCGUAUUUCCUGUACAUUUCUUUUUAUCUACUUUAUCAGUGACAAUAGCCUGGAUACAUUUUAAAUGUAAAUUGGUUUUUGUUCACCCAAGGAAAAUGUUGAAAAAAAAGUCUGUGCAUGUCUAUCAAUCUGUUCUUUGUGAUUCUGCUUCCGAGAAAAAUAUGUACUUUGUACGUUGCCUUUGUCAUGCUGUGAAUGGCAGGGAUGGCUAACUCUGGCUUUCUUUAAAAAGAAUAAAACUUGUGUUUCUCUAGUAAGCUA